CCAUGCCCAUCCCCGGGGCCUGCCGGGAAAUGUAGUUUCUGAAAUUCCUCUCGCGCAGCCCUCAGCUCGCUGUCCGUGAUCGCACGCAACUACAAGUCCCAUGACGCUGCGUGAGGCCUUGGUCGUUCGGCUUUUGCUAAGGAAGGGAGUGGGGCGAACAUGGCUGAAGGCGUCCGGAGCGGCCCAUCGAGUAGCGGGGUGGGGGGCAGGCAGGACCUGCUCUCCAACAGUGGGGGCUCCAACUUCCCCGAGUACGAGCUUCCCGAGCUAAACACCCGCGCAUUCCACGUGGGCGCUUUCGGGGAGCUGUGGCGUGGCCGAUUACGCGGUGCAGGGGACAUGUCUCUGAGAGAGCCCCUGGCACCCACGCUGCCCGGGAGCCGGGGGGUCGCCGACUCCGGACGGGAGGAUGCGGCGGUGGCCCGGGAUCUGGGGUGCAGCCUGGAGGCAGCAGCCGAGCUGAAGGCGGUCUGCGGCCUUGAUAAACUAAGGUGCCUUGAGGAAGGUGAAGAUCCAGAAGUCCUCCCUGAGAAUACUGACCUAGUGACUUUGGGGGUUAGAAAGAGACUUAUGGAACAUCGGGAAGAAACCAUAACGAUAGAUCGGGUCUGCAGACAAGAAACAUUUGCUUAUGAGAUGGAGUCACAUGCCAUAGGGAAAAGGCCUGAAAACCCAGCUGACAUGAUUAAAGAAGGAGAGCUUAUCCUAUCUGUGAAUAUCUUGUAUCCUGUUAUAUUUCUUAAGCAUAAAGAACACAAACCAUACCAGACAAUGUUGGUACUGGGCAGUCAAAAACUCACAGAACUGAGGGAUUCAAUUUGCUGUGUCAGUGACCUACAGAUUGGUGGAGAAUUCAGCAAUACUCCUGACCAAGCCCCUGAGCACAUCAGCAAGGACCUAUACAAAUCAGCCUUCUUUUAUUUUGAAGGAAUAUUUUACAAUGAUAAACGAUACCCUGAAUGCAGAGACUUGAGCAGAACUAUCAUUGAGUGGUCAGAGUCCCAUGACAGAGGCUAUGGAAAGUUUCAGACUGCUAACAUGGAAGACUUCACCUUCAAUGACUUGUAUAUUAAACUGGGCUUUCCUUACUUGUACUGUCACCAGGGAGACUGUGAACAUGUUGUCGUCAUUACUGACAUAAGGCUUGUGCAUCAUGAUGACUGCUUGGAUAGGACACUUUAUCCCCUUCUUAUCAAGAAGCAUUGGCUAUGGACCAGAAAGUGUUUUGUUUGUAAAAUGUACACAGCCCGAUGGGUGACAAACAAUGACAGUUUCGCACCAGAAGACCCAUGUUUCUUUUGUGACGUUUGCUUCCGAAUGCUCCACUAUGAUUCAGAAGGCAACAAGCUGGGGGAAUUUCUCGCUUAUCCUUAUGUUGAUCCUGGAACCUUUAAUUAACAGCAAAAAUGUGUCCUUGUGAAAUUGUUUUCUUAAAUGGCUACUUUAUUUCCAAGAAAUGCCAUUAAGGAAUAGGAUCUACCUAAAUAGUCUGCUGAAGUUAUCCCCACAAGUUCAAAUCCUAAAAUUUCUUAUAAAGUAACUUGACUGUAAAAAUUUGGAAAUCAAAUUAUUUUGAUUUAUUCCAAAGCAUUUAUUCCAAAGUAGAUUUCUAGUGCUUUCUACCCAUUUUUAAGUGAGCUGUUUUACUGGUUAUAGAAGUGCUUACAUAUGCUGAUUAGAAAUCCUUUGUCAGAUACAUGCAUCCUGCUUUUCUCCCAGUCUAUGAAAUCUAUUCAUUGUAUCCAGAGAGCACUGUUAAUGAUAGAUUCAAUUAAUGACACAUCAGGUAACGAAAGUGUUUUGAAAAUUCUUUGAGGAGUUUGGGCGCUACCCUGUACCAUCAGGCUUCCAAGGUAAAGGUCCUUCAAUUAUUUGUAAUAAAGAUACAAAUGGCUAUUGUGUAAUUUAACAUCACAGUGGGCUCUUGUGAUACUAAGCAUACCAAACAUUUUUAAUUGAGUUAAUAGUGAAUGUAAUAAGAUCUUGUGUAUGUAUAUACAUGCCUAUCUUCACAGAACAUUUUUUUUUCAUUUUUUAAAAUUUUAUAUAUUUUUUACAUCAUUUUUGCACAAUGUAUGCAUUUUCAUCUUGGUUGUAGUCCCCAUACAAUCCCCCCCCACACACACACAUUGUGUCUCCGGUUUAUAGUUGUUUGUUGAUUAUGAUUUUUACUUUAUUUUAAUAAUUAGUCUUUUCCUUGGUCCCUUAUUUAGGUUUUCUAAAUUCCUGCUGAGUGAGGCCAUCUGGUAUUUUUCUAGAACUAACAUUUAUAUUGAAACUUGCUUGACAAGAAUUUAUGACUCAUACUGAGUUGAAAAAGUUUAUCAGUAUUUUUAUUAAGAUUUUAUGUAAUAUAACUACUGGGACAUGGGAAACAAGGUCAUAUGGAUUGAUGGAUAUGGCUCACUUUAUCUUUGGCAGUAAUACCCAGUAUUGUAUAAGUAAAAAGAAACACAAGAAUUUUUUGUGGCCCAGUUCUUUCAUUCUUCUGGUUUCCCUCGUUCUGUCAGGAUAAAGUUGGGCUCUAUACCAUCUGAGAAUAUUAGAGCUAACUACAUUGAUGUUAUGUUCUCUGGGAACUUUUUUGGUGGAAAAUAGUUUUAACUUUUUACGAAUAGUAUGUAAAUUUCAUUUUUAAUGUAUUAUAUUUAAAUUUCACUUUCUCUCUUCUAGGUUAUGUUUAAGCUCAACUGAAUUCCACUUUCCUGGAUGGCUAAGAACAAACAUUUACCAUGUAAAUCAAAAACUGGUGAAGCCUAUAAUCCCAUGUAUUUAAAAGAGUUGACCAUGAAAUGUUUUAUAGUAAGAUUUAUAUGCUACAUACGAAGUUGGUGUGUAGAUUACAAACACCUAUUUCCUGGUAUGUCCAAUGGUGGUGUCAUUUACCUAAAGACUCAGUAGGCCAGAGAGUCAGUAGACCAGAGUCAGUAUAAAGAAUAGGCUCUCAGUGACUAGCUUUUGUCUAAAUUUUUACUUUUCUGUUUCCAAUGAUAUUGAGGUUAAAAUUUCUGGGCAAAACUAUAGAUCAUAAACAUUCCAUAGGUAAAAAUUAAACCGUACUUAUUAAGUCUUGUACUAGUAUACAAGGACCUGUUUAUUUUCGUUCAUUUUUAUAUUCUCAAACAGCAAAUUCCAGAAAUUUUAGUGGAUGACUUUACUACUGAUGUUUUUAGUUUAGCCCUUGAAAAUACUAUCCUGCUGGUUCUUAAGGUUAACAUUUUCACCAAAGUUACAAAGGCUGAGAUACCUUGCUCUAUUAUUUUCUAGUUAAAUCAAGAAGGGCAAACCAGAUUAACCCCAGAACAUGUUAAUGUAUUCUUUAUCAUUUAUAUAUGUCAACCACAAAAGUUCAAAUUAAAAGAAAAAUCUAACUUUGAAAUGAGUAGAAAGGUGUCCUCAAUUGGGGAUUUUAUAGUUGCGAAAUUCAACUUGAACACAACAUGACUGUUUAACAGAAUAAACAGUAUGAUCUUACAUGCAUUAUUUUAUCUACUGAAAAUGCAAAUACAAAAAUAAUCUCUAACUUAAUAAAUAUUAAAUGCAAAUACAAAAAUAAUCUCUAAAUAAAUAUUAGUGGCUAAACAUGCACAAAAAUCACUAUCUAGGAAAGCAAUGUCCUUGCAACUUUUUCAGGCUUUGAGAUUCUUUAAGGGUAAUUUGACUUUUCUCCCAAUCAAAUCACACUGGCUUUAUCAUCUGUAAAGUUAGAAAAUUACAAGGCACAAACACAAAAACUGCGUCUAUAGCAGCUUCUUAAGAAAGGUGUAAUAAUGGGCUUAGGAAUUUCUAAUAGGUCAUACUUUGACAAAUGGGACAAAGUAAGUUUAGUUAGUGCAUCCCUCCAGAGCCUUUGCUUUUUGUUCAGGAUUAAAUGGUAAACUUCAUCUUGGGCCUGACAUCUUUAAACAGGUAAGUGUGUUGAGGGCCAAAAACUGGGUAAAAUCUGUCAUCCUUAUUUGAAACCACAGGCUGUAACUGCUAUUAUAAGGUUUAAGGUAUUCCAGUCAGGCUGUUUACACAUACAAGGUCUCUCCUAUUCAGGUUCUCUCUCCUAUUGAUGGUACAUCUACAAAAUUCAAAACUUGAUUCUCCUAGUCUCUGCAUAACUUACCCAGUGGUUUAAAAAGUGACAGGAUGUAAGUAUUGAUUUUUAUACAUACAAAAAAUAUGUAUAAUGUCAUUUAGUGACUUGUUCAGCUGGAGUUUUGACCAAAUACACAAUUUAGAAUCGAGCCGAUGCUCCUGAAAGUCCUUGAUUAUUAUUCGUAACUUUUUCUGAGUGCAUCAACCUAUAUGACAAAUGGGGGUGAACAUUAAUAAACUGGUUAGACUAAAGCCUAGGUAAGCAAAUAUAGCCAGAUUGCAUAGUAUCUUCAGAAGGUGGAUGUUACAUGGUUUCUUUUUUGGUAAAACUAUGGAUCUGUUGAGUCAAAGAACAAAGGGUGAACAAAAAUAUUUCCUUUAUUUUUAACACUUUGAGCUUAUGUUACCCUCUCCAAACAACACAAUCUCUUUGACCAAGUCAACUAAGAAAUUUCUCCCUCAGAAGCAAAUCCAGAAUUCCAUCACACUUCAUAACAAAGAAUUACUAGUAGAGUUUAAUAGAAAAAUUCUUUAAUCAAAACAAGUUUACAUGUUGACAUGUGGCUUAACUAGAAUAAAUCUAUCCGGAUUUAAAUUGUUAUUAAGGACCAAACAGAUAAUGAUGGGUUUAUAUAUAAUGACAAGAGUUCCCGCAAUACAGUGGGUCCUAGUUUAAUUGUAAGACCUCACAAAAGCAGAACUCCAAUUAUUGAAAUAAGAAAUUUUUCAUCUAUAGAUGAAAAUAAUUAUCCAAAGGGUCAAACCUACAGUGCAUCUCACAUGCAAACACCGGUAUUAAGCCUUUCCCCCAUAUUCAUAGCUUCAAAACAUGAGAAGUCUUUUUAGUUCUUGAAAAUGACCAACUGACCUAAUAUUCAAAAUACCUUAGAAAUGCUAUCCUUUUAUUACCUUAAAAUUUGUAUUAACCUUGGUUCACCCUGAUUUAGUCCAUAUACAGACUAUCUACAUUGUCUACUGCCUCUGAGUAAUUGCUUCCACUUCUUUAUAAUCCUGUCACAUGUAUGAUAUAAAAUGUAAGUUCCCUUCUGAUAUAACCUAGUUUCUUCCUUACAUAGUAUUUACUUUUAUUUACUGUAUAAGCAUCAUGGAUUAUUUUUCCCCAAUUAAAAAAAUACUUGUGAUUUCCUUAAUAAGUGUGACUUAAAAAUUUUCAGAAACUCGAGACAUUUCUCAAAAAUAACGUUUUCUUUUAGUUUUCAGUUUUAGCUACUACUGCCUGUAAAGAAUCUUACAUGGUUGAACCCAAAAGCCAGAUUCAUUACAACAUAUACUCCCAUUCCACUCUCUGCUUUAGUCACGUGAUGUUUACUGAAUUCCCUGCCACAAAACUAAAUUACCUUCAAAUAUUAACAUGAGUUUUGUACCUCAGCAUUAUCAGUUCAGUGUCAGUUGGAUAUCUAGUUGUCAUACAAAAAGGCAUACACACCACACAUUGUUACAAAGCAGCAGGAUAAUGUAACACAAUAUAGACUGAUUAAAAUUAACUUUUGAUAAAAGGAGUGAGUACUUGUAUAGAAGUAACAUUUUAUCUACCAUAAAAAUGCAUAACUUCUACAAAACCCACAAACAGUGAAAAGACAGUCUGGUAAACCCAAGAUUUGUAAAAACUUCACAAAACCCACAGUAUUUGGGGAAAGAGGAAGGUGUAUACAAGUAGCUUUUUUUAAAAUUUAACUUUUCUACUACCAAUUACACAUUAACAUACACACACACACACACAAAUUGAAAAUAUGCUACAACCAAUGUCUGGAAAAGCAGUUUAACAUUUCCCAAAUGGAUUUCCCCCACAUUUAUUGUAUAAUGUAGCUGUUAAUACUGCACAAGUACAAUUAGCAAUGUUUAAUUACUUUUAAACAAAGAUAAAGGAAUUUUCUCCCUCAAAACAACUUUUAAACAUCAAAACCUAUGCUUAUAAAAAUUUAGAACUUUCAGCUGUCUAUUUCAAAUGAAAAACAUUACGAACUUCUCAAAUGUUCUUUACAUUCCAGGUACGUCAACCUAGGUAUCUAGUGUGGACUCCUUUGGAGAUAUUUCAGUCUCUUUCUCUUCAUUAGUGGGCCUAGAAGAAAAGGGGAAAGAAAGGUGUGACCACUGGGGUUAGGUAUUUUCCCCCAGGAGGGAAAAAAAUAAUGCAUUAUGUUUUUAAAAUCACCCAAAGUUUUCUUAAUGUUGACUUGUAUUUUUUAUUCAAAAUUUUUAUUAUUCCUAAUUCUUUCUCCCAAAGUAAUAUGCAGAGUAAGAGAAAUAAUUCGGGGAACAUCAUGAACCAGACCCUUUGUAUGAGUUUUCAAUAAAAUCCCAAGGUUUGAUCACAAGAACUCCAAGGAACAUCAAUACUUUUUUAAAAAUUGGAUUCUUGGCUCCUCACUCUACCCUUCUACACAGUGGCAAUUCAAUUGUAAAUAAUCACAUUUUCACCCUUAUGAUUUGCAUUUAGCUUUCUGAAUUCAGGAAUUUACUAAUGAAAAUGUAAUCCCCUACACAGAUAACCUGAGAAUAUGAACAUACUGAAACAUGUCCUUACUUUUUCUUACUGCUGGCCUCGUGGUUGUCUCUGCUUUCUUCAUUGCUAUCCCCAUUAUGUUGUGGUUGAUUACUGUCUUGAGCAUCAGAUCCUCCAUUUAGAGUCUUUGAAACUUUUAGAAAGAUUCAAAAGGGAAAACUGUUAAGAGUUUCUAAUACUUUAAAAUGUUCUCUAAAGAUAACAAAAAACACAUGAUAAAAAAUUUCUAACGUAUUGAAGUAUUUGAAUACUUUAUUUGAAAUUACACUAUAAUCCUUUGGGUAGCUGAGACACAGAAAGAACUACAUAUGUGAAUAGAUAACAGAAGUGGAUUAUUCUAGCAGUUAGAAAAAAUGGAUCAUAGUAUUUUCUAUUUAUUACUAUCUUAGAACAAAAAGUUUCAAAUACACAGCUCAGAACAGGGGACUGAUAACGGUACUACAAUUAAGUUUUAUUGAUAUAUAUUAGCAGGAUAUAAUUUUUAUUUAUGGUAAAAUAGCCUAUCUGUAAUUUUGCAUCAAAAUAAUCGAUAUGGUCAGAGAACUUGAUGGGGUUAUAAAACAGCUCAAGUUGGGUGAAGGGAAUGUGUUCAUUUCAUU